CUGGAGGCCGGGUGUCCUCGCAGCCCACCGGGCAGGGGAAGGAGGAGAUCGGGCGGGCAGGGCGAGCCCGGCUCUGUCCCGUGUGAGCGCCCAGCGCGAUCAGCUCCCGGCCGCGCCGGACGGGCUGGACGGACACUGGGAGCUGUGUUCCCUCUGGGUCGCUGAGGAUUAAAGACACAGGAAGACACCCAUUGUCAGAGGAGAGGAGGGUAGCUGCCAUUGAUAGCCCUAUCAAUGCUAUUUGCUCUGAGGGGGGAGACCAUGCUGAUGCAUCUUUUUAAGAUACCUUCCAUUCUGAGCAUCAGAAAAGAUCAUCUAAUAUUAUCCUAGGUUUAAACAAGAAAGAUGAAUUUGAGCUGAUUGUUCACUUGGUUCUGCUGCCCUGGAGUUACUGCAGAGCAGACCUCUGGAAGGACACAGUGCAGAAAGUUUUCACACCUGCAUAACCAUCUAAGAGAUGUCUCAUCUGAGCAAAGAUCACAAGGCUCCUGAGAUAUUUAAUCUGAUGGAAUGACAUCUGGGAAACUGCUGGAAACUACUUCAGCAAAGGGCACCCAGCAUCUCUGCCCUCACUGAUCCAUGACAAAGUCCAAAAUGAACCACACUUGGACGUACAACCUGAGCCUUGGAGCACCUGCAGAUCCUGUGGAGCCAAGGGCUGGACUCUCACGAAGUGGGCACACCAUAGUGGCUGUUUUUCUCGGAUUAAUCUUGUUUUUUGGUUUCUUGAAUAACUUGAUUGUCCUCAUCCUCUUCUGCAAGUUUAAAACCCUUCGUAACCCAGUCAACAUGCUCCUCCUGAACAUCAGCAUCAGUGACAUGCUGGUGUGCAUCUCGGGCACCACCCUCAGCUUCGCAUCCAACAUCCGUGGCCAGUGGGUUGGAGGGGCCCAUGCUUGCAGCUGGUAUGGCUUUGUCAAUUCCUGCUUUGGCAUCGUGUCCCUGAUCUCGCUGGCUGUGCUGUCCUACGAGCGCUACAGCACUCUCACCCUGUGCCACAAGCGCAGCGACGAUUUCCGCAAGGCUCUGCUGGCGGUCGCUGGCUCUUGGAUUUAUUCCCUGCUCUGGACCGUGCCACCGCUGCUCGGAUGGAGCAGUUAUGGGGUAGAAGGGGCAGGCACGAGCUGCUCAGUGCGCUGGUCCUCAGAGUCGGCUGAGUCCACAUCCUACAUCAUCUGUCUCUUCAUCUUCUGCUUGGUUGUCCCCGUGACGGUCAUGAUGUACUGCUACGGGCGCCUGCUGUACGCCGUCAAACAGGUUGGAAAAAUCCACAAGAACGCUGCCCGCAAAAGAGAGUACCACGUGCUGUUCAUGGUGAUCACCACAGUCAUCUGCUACCUGCUGUGCUGGAUCCCAUAUGGGGUUAUUGCACUACUUGCAACUUUUGGCAAGCCUGGUGUUGUGACUCCAGUCACAAGCAUCAUACCUUCCAUCCUAGCAAAAAGCAGCACGGUUUUCAAUCCCAUUAUCUACAUACUUAUGAAUAAGCAGUUUUACAAAUGCUUUCGUCAGCUUUUCCACUGCCAGCCUCCUUCCUCCACCAAUGGAGAGCCCACCUACCAUUCCAAGGUAACUGUUAUCCAGCUGGAUCAGAGGGUGGAUGGUGGAAACGUGUGCAAUAAUGAACCACAUCCAAAAACAGACAGUAAAAUGGCUUCUCUCCUGCACCCAGAGCCAAUUUCAAAAGCUGUACCACCAUCAUCUUAGGAAAACUGUCUCCAAUGGAAAGUACAAGCCUUAACCAAAGCAUGUUUUAUUUCACUGCCACGUUACCAAGUGAACUCUAAAACUAAUAGAGGAAGUUGCCAUUUGUGGGAUUGGAAAACUGUCAAGAGCAAAAAUUGUGACUCCUUAAUAACAGAAAAAUGGCCACAUAACUCCAGUUCAUGAAAGUGCAUUUUUUUUCUAAGCAGAGCUGGAGAUCAGCUGUACUCUUCUAUGCAACAUGCUCUCCGAAGUCAUUUCAAAUUUAACUUCUUAGUUAUACAACGACCUGCUAAUGUUGCAGUGCAAUGAUAGCCUUGCUUGUACUAUUGUCUUGAUGCAUGCAAAUGAAGAUUAAAAUAAUGUUAUCAACUGUUAAUGAUGCAUAACUGUUAAAACUGUAACAGCAACUGUAAAGGCUCAAACAGCAUUUCCCUUCUCCCAACAAUAAAGUAACCUGUGCUUAGUUA